AUGUAUAAACGGCGUGCUGACGUCAACCAGGCUUUGGGAUUGGUGAUAUAUCGACUAUUUUUCCAUGCCCUCUCGAAAUACCCCGGACCUUUUCUUGCAAAGAUCACUGGGCUUCACCCUGCAUAUCAUGCACUGAUUGGCGACCGACACCUGUAUGUCUACAAGCAGCAUCAGAAAUACGGAGAUGUCGUCCGGGUAGCUCCAAAUAUUGUGUCCAUCAACAAAGCGGAGGCACUCAGAGAUAUCUACGGAGUCAAUCGAAAUGUCCAGAAGGGGUUUGUCUAUGAUGUUGUCACCCAUCACGCCGGAUUUCCGAGCACGUUCUCUUCCACGGAUAGGGCGAUGCACGCUCGAAAGCGUCGAGCCCUAGCGCCAGGAUUCACUGAUGCGGCGCUUCGAGACAUGGAAGACUUUGUCCUCAAUCACGUCCGCGCCUUCAUCCAGAAGAUAGGCCCCUCAGACGGAGAGUCUGCACGGGUGGUGGACAUGGGUCUGUGGUGCAACUAUCUGACGUUCGACGUAAUGGCGGACGUUGCCUUUGGAAAGGACUUUGGCAUGCUCGAGCGCAAGGAGCUUCGCGACAUUCCACAUUUGGUGAAUGCGGCAGGCCACCGAUCAUUGAUCAGUGGCUCCAGUCAAUUGAUCUUUCGCUUAGGGCUGGAUAAAUAUAUGGCGAGGGAUAUUGUGAAGAACGCCCCCAAGCUCAUCAGAUUCGUCCGACAGACUUUGACAGAGAGGAUUGCCAGCAAAUCCGAGCGCAAGGAUUUUGUCCAUUAUAUGCUCAAGGCUCAAGAGUCUGGCAAAGGGUAUGAGACUAAAGAACUCAUGGCCGAUUGUCGUUCCAUGGUGAUUGCUGGCUCCGACACUACGGCGACCCAGAUGGCGGCCAAUUUCUACCACCUCACGCGAAACCCUGAGACCAUGAAGAGACUCACGGCAGAGAUUCGUUCCACGUUCUCCAAGGUGGAAGAGAUCCAACUUGGAAAGGCUUUGGAAAACUGUGAAUAUCUCAAAGCCGUCGUUGAAGAGACGUUGCGAAUGAACCCAAGCUUGCCGGGCUAUUUGCCGCGUCAAGUCCUCCCAGGAGGAAUCGAUAUUGACGGCGAAUACUAUCCCCCAGGAGUAGAGGUGGCGGUCACCACUUGGGCUCUGCACCAUGACCCCCGAUACUUCGACCAGCCACAUCAACACAAUCCUAGUCGAUGGCUCGCCGCCGAAAGCGGGGAGGACAACGUUAAGCGAGCCAUGAGUGCUUUCGCUCCUUUUUCGUAUGGGUCUCGGAUCUGCAUAGGUCGGAGAUUGGCUUAUAUUGAGAUCUGGGUCACUCUUGCCCGGACCGUGUUCUUGUAUGACUUCAAGUACAUCAGUGGAGGAAGGGAGGACUCCCUUGGGUCCGAAUGCGACGAAUACAGGAUGUUGGACAAUUUUUCCGCUGCUCGUGACGGACCACUCAUCGAAGUCAGACGGAGACAGGAUUGUGAUCUUGUGAUCUAG